AUGGCGACCGCAGCUGCUCAAUCUGGCAAGGGCCAGGUCUACUUCCUCUCGCAUGGCGGGCCGCCCACGAUGUUCGAGACAACAAGCGCACCGUACAAGGCCUGGCAGAAGUAUGGGAAGAUGAUCGAAGCCGAGAAACCUCGUGGCCUUGUUGUCGUGUCUGCGCACUGGGAGAACCCUUCUCACUCGGACGGCGUUGUUGUCAACACCGACUCGUCCAACCCCCUCGUGUACGACUUCUACGGGUUCCCGAAGAAUUACUACGAGCAGAAGUUUGCGUCGCGCGGUGACCCGCAGAUGCUCAAGGACGUGACGGCCGCGCUUAAGUCAUCUGGCGUCGAGGCCAGCACAGACAAGCGCGGGCUCGACCACGGUGUGUGGGUUCCCUUCCUUGUCGCGUUCGCCGGCAAGACGGCCAUCCCGAUCGUGCAGGUCUCACUACCUGGUGACUCGAACCCCGUGUCGGCCGCUAAGCUUGGCAAGGCCCUCUCCACCCUCCGUGACGAGGGCUACAGCAUCAUGGGUUCGGGACAGGCCGUGCACAAUCUCCGUGACUACAUGAUGGGGGGCAAGGGCUCAUACGGCGACGCAUUCCUGCACGCGAUCGAGGGAGCCCUGCAUUCAGACGCUCCUGCAGAGGGCGCAAUUGGCCUCUUCCGGCACCCCGCAUACCGCCAGGCUCACCCCACGCCUGAGCACCUCCUCCCGCUCGUGGUUGCGGCCGCAGCGGCUGACCCAAAGACGGACGCACUGCAGGACAUCUUUGUGCAGCCCAACGGGCCGCUCGGAUGGGGCAUGUGGAUGUGGAAGCCGAAGGCUGCGCUGUGA